GGCCAGAUUGGCUGCGGGUGACAGUGAGUGACAGACGGAGGGCCUAGAGCUCCGGGUCUAGCUGAGCCCAGCAGAACAGACCAGGCUUCUGGAAUCGCCCGGGUCACGGUUCCUGCGGUGACACGCGAGGCUGGUAACUGGAAUCUCCAGACCCAGGCCCAAGCUGGCCAGGGGUGCCCACAGACCCCCAAACACCCCUGAGCACAGGCCCUUCCUGGGGAGAUCCAUGGGCCCUGGGUCUACACUGACCAGCAGCUGUCCAACCAGGGCACCCAGGACUGACGUGGAGCAGAAACUGUCCAUGGAGCUGGUUAACAAAGUGGACAGGGGGCUGCGGUGAUGGCACAGUUUGACACGGAAUACCAGCGUCUAGAGGUCUCUUAUAUCGACUCACCCCCAGGGGAAGAGGACCUGUUGGUGCAUGUGGCUGAGGGGAGCAAAUCACCUUGGCACCACAUUGAAAACCUUGACCUCUUCUUCUCUCGAGUUUAUAAUCUACAUCAGAAGAAUGGCUUCACAUGUAUGCUCAUUGGAGAGAUUUUUGAACUCAUGCAGUUCCUCUUUGUGGUUGCCUUCACCACCUUCCUGGUUAGCUGUGUGGACUAUGACAUCCUAUUUGCCAACAAGAUGGUGAACCACAGUCUCCAUCCUACUGAGCCUGUCAAGGUCACUCUGCCAGAUGCCUUUUUGCCUGCCCAAGUCUGUAGUGCCAGGAUUCAGGAAAAUGGCUCUCUCAUCACCAUCCUGGUCAUUGCUGGUGUCUUCUGGAUCCACCGGCUUAUCAAGUUUAUCUAUAACAUUUGCUGCUAUUGGGAGAUCCACUCCUUCUACAUACAUGCGCUGCGGAUCCCAAUGUCCGCCCUUCCCUACUGCACGUGGCAGGAAGUGCAGGCCCGGAUUGUGCAGACGCAGAAGGAGCAUCAGAUCUGUAUCCACAAGCGCGAGCUGACAGAGUUGGACAUCUACCAUCGCAUCCUACGCUUCCAGAACUACAUGGUGGCCCUGGUGAACAAAUCCCUCCUGCCUCUGCGCUUCCGUCUGCCCGGCCUCGGUGAGGUUGUCUUCUUCACCCGCGGCCUCAAGUACAACUUUGAGCUCAUCCUCUUCUGGGGACCCGGCUCUCUGUUUCUAAAUGAAUGGAGCCUCAAGACUGCAUACAAACGCGGAGGGCAGCGGCUGGAGCUGGCCCAGCGACUCAGCAACCGCAUCCUGUGGAUUGGCAUCGCCAACUUCCUGCUGUGUCCUCUCAUCCUCAUCUGGCAGAUCCUCUACGCCUUCUUCAGCUAUGCCGAGGUGCUGAAGAGGGAGCCAGGGGCCCUGGGAGCGCGUUGCUGGUCCCUCUAUGGCCGCUGCUACCUCCGCCACUUCAAUGAGCUGGAACACGAGCUGCAGUCCCGCCUCAGCCGAGGCUACAAGCCCGCCUCCAAGUACAUGAAUUGCUUCUUGUCCCCGCUGCUGACCCUGCUGGCCAAGAACGGAGCCUUCUUCGCUGGCUCUAUCCUAGCAGUGCUCCUCGCUCUCACUAUCUACGAUGAAGACGUGCUGGCUGUGGAACACGUCCUCACCACUGUCACCCUUCUGGGAGUCACGGUGACUGUGUGCAGGUCCUUCAUCCCAGACCAGCACAUGGUGUUCUGCCCUGAGCAGCUGCUCCGAGUGAUCCUCGCACACAUCCAUUACAUGCCUGACCACUGGCAGGGUAAUGCCCACCGCUCGCAGACCCGGGACGAGUUUGCCCAGCUCUUCCAGUACAAGGCAGUGUUCAUCUUGGAGGAGUUGCUGAGCCCCAUUGUCACACCCCUCAUUCUCAUCUUCUGCCUACGCCCGCGGGCCCUGGAGAUCAUAGACUUCUUCCGCAACUUUACAGUGGAGGUCGUCGGCGUGGGAGACACCUGCUCCUUCGCUCAGAUGGACGUCCGCCAGCACGGUCAUCCCCAGUGGCUGUCUGGUGGGCAGACCGAGGCCUCAGUGUACCAGCAAGCUGAGGACGGGAAGACCGAGUUGUCCCUCAUGCACUUUGCCAUCACCAAUCCCGGCUGGCAGCCCCCUCGUGAGAGCACAGCUUUCCUAGGAUUCCUCAAGGAGCAGGUGCAGCGAGACGGGGCAGCUGCUGGCCUGGCCCAGGGUGGCCUGCUCCCUGAGAAUGCCCUCUUCACAUCCAUCCAGUCCUUACAGUCUGAGUCCGAGCCACUGAGUCUUAUUGCAAAUGUGGUAGCAGGCUCUUCCUGCCGAGGACCCCCACUGUCCAGGGACCUGCAGGCCUCCAGGCACAGGGCUGACGUUGCUUCUGCCCUUCGAUCCUUCUCCCCUCUGCAGCCUGGACAGGCCCCUCAAGGCCGGGCUCCUGGUACCAUGACAGGCUCUGGAGUGGAUGCCAGGACCGCCAGCUCCGGGAGCAGCGUGUGGGAAGGACAGCUGCAGAGCCUGGUGCUGUCCGAAUAUGCGUCCACUGAGAUGAGCCUGCACGCCCUCUAUAUGCACCAGCUCCACAAGCAGCAGACCCAGGCUGAGCCCGAGCGGCAUGUGUGGCACCGCCGGGAGAGUGAUGAGAGUGGAGAGAGUGCCCCUGAAGAGGGGGGAGAGGGUGCCCGGGCCCCCCAACCCAUCCCCCGCUCUGCCAGCUAUCCCUGUGCUACACCCCGGCCUGGAGCACCUGAGACCACCGCCCUGCAUGGGGCCUUCCAGAGGCGCUACGGGGGCAUCACAGAUCCUGGCACAGUGCCCCGUGCUCCCUCUCACUUCCCCAGGCUGCCCCUGGGAGGAUGGGCAGAAGACGGGCAGCCGGCGUCCAGACACCCAGAGCCAGUGCCAGAGGAGGGCUCAGAGGAUGAACUCCCCCCUCAAGUGCACAAGGUAUAGACAAGGCAGAAGCUGGUUCCCAUGCCCCAGGAUGGAGGCAACAGCUGCCCUGCCAUCCCUUCUGCCUGCCGUCAGAGGGAUUCUCUGAGUGCC